UUUAGUUUUGGACAAUCGGGAGAUAAUCUCGUUAGUGAAAGCAUCAUUUUCUUUCGAAAGCGAGCAAUAAAGACUUCGGAAUUUUAUAAUUAAGAAUCGCCGGUUGUGCUGCGAAUAAUUUUCCAAGUGAUUUUCUGUAUUUGAUUUAAUUGGCAAAAUGUUUGCGAAAAGAUUGUACGCAGAUGAAAGUAAUGUUCAACCCAACGCAACAUCCUCAUUUUCCGAAUACAAAAUUACUGACUACGGCUAUGGAAAGAAUAAUGUGAAGAUCAUGCACGUUCGGCGAGAUGGACCGGUUCAUUCGAUCCGUGAAUUUGAAGUUAGUACUCAUCUGAAACUAGAGUCGAAAAAGGAUUAUACUGAAGGGGACAACUCCGACAUUGUUGCAACGGAUUCACAGAAAAACACAGUUUACGUUUUAGCUCAGAAAUAUGGAAUUAGAGCCCCCGAAGAAUUUGCAAUUCUUUUGAGUUCCCACUUUUUGAAUAAGUACAGUCAUGUAAGAGAAGCUCAUGUCCAUAUUGAGGAGUAUCCUUGGGAACGUUUGACUUCAUCGAAUGGCUACAGCACCCAGAAACACAAUCAUGCCUUCAUUUUCACGCCAGUGGCAUCACGUUUUUGCGACGUCCUGCUUAAGCGCAAUUCCAAACCCAUUGUUAUCAGCGGUCUAAAGGAUUUGCGAGUCCUCAAAACUACUCAGUCCUCCUUCGUGAAAUUCGUGAAUGAUGAAUUUAGGACGUUGCCUGACCAAUAUGACCGUAUUUUCAGCACAAUUGUGGAGUCUCGGUGGGAAUAUACGACAGUUGAUGGGGUUGAUUUUUGUCAAUGCUGGAAUAAAGUGAAAGAUGUUAUACUAACGACAUUCGCUGGUGAUCCAAAUGUCGGUGUUUCAUCUCCAAGUGUACAAAAUACUUUAUAUAAGGCAGAGAAAACAGUUUUAGAUUCAAUUCCUCAGGUUGGGUCGAUUUCAAUGCAAAUGCCGAAUAAGCACUAUUUCGACUUUGAUACCAAACCGUUCAAAAAUGUAAUUCCUGGAGACACGAAUAACGUUUUUAUCCCAGUUGAUAAACCAUCAGGAAUUAUCUAUGCUCAGUUGGAUAGGAGUGGUCUCAAGAGCAGACUGUAAAUACCCUUUUAUCUUUCUAUAAAUGGGAGCGAAAAUAUUCCAUUCAUUCGUAAUUAUCUGAAUUAUAUUAUUUCUUUUGAAUGAAAAUUGUUAAUAUUUUUCUUCUAUUUUGUUCUCAAAUACAUGUUUAAGUCAA